AUGAGUAUCAUAUUUCAGACGCUGAAAACGGUGCAGAGGUCACAAAUAGGCCAGUUGGCCAUCCCUCUGAGACAGUACUCGCAGAUGGUCACGUUCUCUAAGGGCCAAACACCUCCACCAACAGAUACAGUUCCUGAUGUGGCUACGUUUCUCGAGAAAAUAGGUCGCGAUGCGCAGGAGCACACAGAUGCAUUUGAAAAUGACUGGGAAACCUUUUGGAAGCUCGGUUCCGCCGGUAUGAAAGAAAAGGGCAUCGAUGUUGCUGCCAGGAAGUACAUCCUCGAUUGGCAGGAAAGAUAUAGAAAGGGUACAGAGCUUUACCAUAUCAAGCAAGGAAAGAAGAAAUUUGAUGGAAAGGGUGAGAGAUAUUUUAAGGUGUAUCGUGCAUUAAAACGUCGUGAGGCAAGAAUUGCCGAGAAGGAGCUUAGAGAAAGGUGGAAGUCCGAACAUCCUGCCAACUGA